GCGAGCGCGCGCGACGGUGUAAGGAGUGGGGUGGAGCGUGUGUGGAAUGGGGGCCGCGGCCCGGGUUCGAGCCGCCGCGGACUAAGAGUGAGUGUCCUGAGAAUUACAUUACUGGAGUAAGGUAAAUGGAGAAGGAAGGACUCCUCCAUCAGCAUUGCUGUUCUGCUCCAAAGAACCUUGGGAAUAUUCAUCUGUCUGCUGUAUUCUCUUUUAGGUGUCCUUGUCAGUUGAGGAUUCUGGAGAAAUCCUGCCUCCGUUGGAGCGUGCACUGCCAGGCAGCAGAAUUGUGAGCUAGAAGGAAGCAGACAUCUAGAAAAAUGAGCUCCAUCAUGGCCAUGGGUGAACCCAGGCUGAACUGUAACCAAACAUCUUAAUGCUGUACCACAGAGUCUGAGGGAUGUUUCCCCCAAAAAUGGCCUUAAGACAUUUUUCUCUCAAGAAAAUUAUAAAGAUCAUUCCAUGGCUCCAAGUUUAAAAGAACUAUUUGUUUUGUCUAACAGACGUAUAGGAGAAAAUUUGAAUGCCUCAGCAAGUUCUGUAGAAAAUGAGCCGGCAGUUAGUUCAGCAACUCAAGCAAAGGAAAAAGUUAAAACCACAGUUGGAAUGGUUCUUCUUCCAAAACCAAGAGUUCCUUAUCCUCGUUUCUCUCGUUUCUCACAGAGAGAGCAGAGGAGUUAUGUGGACUUGUUGGUUAAAUACGCAAAAAUUCCUGCAAAUUCCAAAGCUGUUGGAAUAAAUAAAAAUGACUACUUGCAGUAUUUGGAUAUGAAAAAACAUGUGAAUGAAGAAGUUACUGAAUUCCUAAAGUUUUUGCAGAAUUCUGCAAAGAAAUGUGCACAGGAUUAUAAUAUGCUUUCUGAUGAUGCUCGUCUCUUCACAGAGCAAAUUUUAAAGGCUUGCACUGAACAAGUGAAAAAGUAUCCAGAGUUCUAUACUCUCCAUGAAGUCACCAGCUUAAUGGGAUUCUUCCCAUUCAGAAUAGAGAUGGGAUUAAAGUUAGAAAAAACCCUUCUCGCAUUGGGCAGUGUAAAAUACGUGAAAACGGUAUUUCCCUCAAUGCCUGCAAAGUUGCAGCUCUCAAAAGAUAACAUAUCUACCACUGAAACACCAGAAAAAAUAGCUGCAGCUAUGCAUUAUGAUAUUAGUAAAGAUCCAAAUGCAGAGAAGCUUGUUUCAAGAUAUCACCCUCAGAUAGCUCUAACUAGUCAAUCAUUAUUUACCUUAUUAAAUAACCAUGGACCAAACUACAGGGAACAGUGGGAAAUUCCAGUGUGUAUUCAAGUAAUACCUGUUGCAGGUUCAAAACCUGUUAAAGUAAUUUAUAUUAAUUCACCACUUCCCCAAAAGAAAAUGACAAUGAGAGAGAGAAAUCAAAUCUACCAUGAAGUUCCAUUAAAAUUCAUGAUGUCCAAAAACACAUCUGUUCCAGUUUCUGCAGUAUUUAUGGACAAACCAGAAGAUUAUAUGUCUGAAAUGGAUAUGUCUUAUGAAGUUAAUGAAUGCCGAAAAAUUGAGACCCUUGAAAAUUUGGACCUGGAUUUUGAUGGUGACGUCACAGAACUUGAAACUUUUGGAGUAAACACCACCAAACCAUCAAAGUCACCAAGUCCAGCAAGCACUUCCACAGUACCCAACACAAAAGAUACUCCCACAGCUCCCAGCACAGCAACAACAUCUGUGGCAUCAGCUGCACCAGACAUUUCUGCUCAUUCUAGAAGUUUAUCUGAGAUUCUGAUGGAACAGUUGCAAAAGGAGAAACAGCUGGUGACUGGUAUGGAUGGUGGCCCUGAAGAGUGCCAAAAUGAAGAUGAUCAGGGAUUUGUGCCAUGUGGUGAAACAUCAAAUCCUGACAAAUCUUUGGUGCAAGAUAGUGACUUGAGAAUGUCUGAUUCCUUACAGUUAGAAAGUUCAACAGAAAUUGAAACCUCUAAUAAAAAUGAUUUAGCUACUGAUAAAGUAUAUGCCCCUGAAAAUCCAAAUGUUCUGGAGAACGCAGACAAUUCAAAGGAAAAGACUGUUACAUCAGAAGCAGUGAGAAGUGAAGAUGUAAUUCUUUGCAAUAGUGAUACAGAUGAAGACUGUUUAAUCAUUGAUACAGAGUGCCAAAAUAAUAGUAAUGGAAAGACAGCUGAUGUGAAUUCUAAUUUAAGUUCUAAACCAGCUAGCCCCAAUUCUUCAUCCGCACAGGCUUCUGUAGGAAACCAGACUAAUGCUGCUUGUAGUUCUGAGGAGUCAUGUGUUUUAAAAAAACCUAUCAAACGAGUAUAUAAAAAAUUUGAUCCAGUUGGAGAAAUUUUAAAAAUGCAGGAUGAACUCCUAAAGCCAAUUUCUAGAAAAAUACCUGAAUUGCCCUUAAUGAAUUUGGAAAAUUCUAAACAACCUCCAGCUUCUGAGCAGUCCUCUGCUCCUUCAGAUGCCUCUAGUUGGCCAAAAUCUGUAUGGCCUUCUGUGUUUCAGAAGCCAAAAGGACGAUUGCCAUAUGAACUUCAGGACUAUGUUGAAGAUACAGCAGAAUAUGUAGCUCCUCAGGAAGGAAAUUUUGUUUACAAGUUAUUUAGCCUGCAAGACCUGUUGUUACUUGUGCGAUGCAGUGUCCAGAGGACAGAGACCAGGCCGCGUUCUAAAAAACGGAAGAAAAUCAGAAGACAAUUUCCAGUUUAUGUACUACCCAAAGUGGAGUAUCAAGCUUGUUAUGGAGUUGAAGCUCUGACUGAGAGUGAACUUUGUCGCUUAUGGACUGAAAGUUUAUUGCAUUCCAACUGCUCGUUUUAUGUUGGACAUAUUGAUGCAUUUACCUCAAAGCUUUUUCUGCUAGAAGAAAUUACCUCAGAAGAAUUAAAAGAAAAACUCUCAGCACUCAAGAUUUCAAGUUUAUUUAACAUCCUCCAACACAUUCUAAAGAAAUUGAGUAGCUUGCAGGAGGGUUCCUACUUGUUGUCUCAUGCAGCAGAAGAUUCUUCACUCCUGAUCUACAAGAUGUCUGAUGGAAAAGUUACCAGGACAGCCUACAAUUUACAUAAAAUGCAUUGCAGCCUUCCUGGUGUCCCUUCCAGUCUCUCAGUUCCCUGGGUCCCUUUAGAUCCCAGUCUCUUACUACCAUAUCAUAUCCACCAUGGAAGAAUACCUUGUACUUUUCCACCUAAAUCAGUAGGUCCCACACCACAACAAAAGGCUGGUGGAACAAGAAUGCCUACACGCAGCCGCAGGAAUCCAGUUUCCAUGGAAACCAAAAGUCAGCCUGCUCAGCAAGUUGAAAAUGAAGGAGAAGCUCCAAAUAAAAGAAAAAUAACUUAAGGACUGUACCAUGGAAAAUGAAGAAAAACUAGUUGCAACAGUGUUCAAUUUAGAAAGUUUGAGGGGAAAUCUGCCCAGAAUAUCAGUGGACAAAAUGAACAUAUUCCUUUCAGUGUCCUUGAGAGUUCUUAGAGUGCCUUGAAAAAAUAUGUUGGCUGUGUAAAGGAAUGUUUCAACUAAGAUGGAAUGUUAUACUUUUACCACUUGACAUUUGAGGAGACUCUAGAUAUGUUUUAACAUUAUCAUGGCAGGGAAACAUACAGAGAAGAAAAGUAUUUUUAUAGUAGACUUUUUCAAAAAACUGUAAAUAGGAAAAUCAUUUGCUUUUUUCAAGAGCAAUAUUUAUCAUUGUGUGUUGUGUUAAUACUUUGAAUUAUAUCACCAGUCUGUUCAGAUUGGCUCAAAAAGCUGAAUCUUGCCACUGUCAGAAAUAAUUUUGAACAACAUAUACCUUGCUUCUGACACAUUGUGACAGUUUUUAUAUGCUGUUUUAAAAUGAUUGUUGCAAGUUAAUAAAGUUAAUAUCUUUAAAAACUUGAUGAAAUUUCAUUACAGAAGCCAAAAAUUAAAAAUAAACAACUCCAUGCCUCUAAAAAGUCACCAGUUAACAGUUUUCAUGUUGGGCAACUAUCAGUUUGUUUUUAAAAAAACAAACCUUCUGUGAUGUUAUAGUUUUGGUGAUGAAUGCCUCUAUUUCCUGGCACAAAUUUCAGCUGAGUGUUAAAAUAUGCUACUAAAAGCAGAGACGAUCAUGUUUUCCAGAAAAAUCUCAUUAUUUCAGCUGACAAGGUAAAUAUGUGGUAAAUCAUAAGCAAUUUUUUCUUUACUGAUUAAAUUUCCUAGGACUACAAAGAUGAAUUUGGAAAAGCUCAUCAUCACCUGAUAUUACUGUAGCCAAUUUGGACUUAAGAAGGAAUGGACUUAUUUAAUUUUUGUAUCUUUGUUCUUUAAUGUGCAUGGAAACUUUCAGAAAUAUGUGCACCAUUUGUAAAAUACAAGUUUUGUAAUCCAAAGUAAUA